GGUUCUUAUUUAUAAAACAUACUUGCUGUUUAAUACUUUUAUAGUUUUAUUUUUUUUUUUCAAAACUAUUAAAUCCAUUAUAUUUUUGUUUUAAGUGUUUAUUUAAAAAAAAUUUAAAAUCAUGACCGAUGAACCAAUAGACCAACCUGUCAGUUUACCAAUCUCUAAGCCAACAAAGGUCAAAAUCCAAGCUAUGGUUGAUAAUGCAUUAAAAACGAUGAACGAACGCACGGGUUCUUCUGUUAUAGCAAUAAAAAAAUUCAUUGCUUCAACAUAUUCAUUGGAUGUAGAAAAGUCGUCAAAUUUGAUUAAAAAAUACAUAAAAGAGAGUGUAGAAAGCGGGAGAUUAGUUCAAGCUAAAGGCAAUUCCUUGUCGGGUUCAUUUAAAUUGUCACGUGGAACGUUAAAAGAAUUUGAACCAAAACCUAAAAAGAAACCUAGCACGAAGAAAGCUGCCGAAGCCAAAGCUAAGAAGGAAAAGACAACAGAAGGCAAGGAACCAAAAGAAACCAAAGCUAAAAAAGAUGCUCCAGUGAAGAAAGCAACUAAGUCAGCUAGUAAAGCGGAUGAACAAUCAAAGACAGCCACCACACAAAAGAAAGCUCCAGCUCUAAAAUUGCCAGGUGCAGAACCAAAAUUAAAAGCUGCUGCAGCAAAGAAGCAAACAACCGAAGGCGCCAAAGUGACCAAGAAAAAACCUGCAAAGAAACAAGAAGUAGAAACUGAGAAACCUGAAGCAAAGAAAAAGACAAGUGCCAAGAAAGCCAAGUCUCCAGUCAAGAAGAAGGGCAAGGAAAACAUUCCACCCACGAAGAAAAAGUCCCAACCUAAGAAGAAGAAAGAAGAACUAAUGGUUCCAGUGAUGGAACAUGCAGAUUCGGAGGGUUCAUUAACUGACUCACCUGAGAGCAAAGUGAAGGAACCUUUUUCUGAUCAAGAUGAAGAGGCUCAGGUUGAGGAGGAGUUUGAUGAAGAAUCUGAUAGAUCCAAUGGUUCAGAAGAUGAUGAAGAAGAGGAGAUAGAAGAAGAAAUAGAAGAAGAGAUGGAAGAAGAAGAAAAUGAUACGGGGCUUAAGGUGACUAAAGAGGAGGAUUUAAACGAGUCGGAUGGCAGCGUUUCGUCGGAAGGUUCACCUGAAAAGGUUAAAGUUCAACCAAAAGGCAAAGCUGGUGCUAAGCCUGCAAAAAAACGAAAGUCAAUUGCAACUUUAGUCAACUCGGCAAAGCCAAAAGUAGUAAAGAGAUAAUCCUUGAAAGUCUCCAAUUUUGUUAUUUCGUAAUUUUUUAUUUAUUUAUUUUUGCGUUGUGUAAUUUUUUACUGUAAUUUAUUUUGAUUAAAGUUUACCAAUUUUUGAUUUAA